GUGAGUGUUUGGUAGGGUGGUCGGAAAUAAACGAAGCUGUGAGGACGGACGGCGAACAGCAGAGGGCGCAGUGGACCAGCAGAUGAAGCUUAGGGUUGCUUUGUUUUGACGCAUGCUCAAUCAUCCAGGUAAAUAAAUCCAAAAGUUUGAAUGCGUUCACCUGGACGUUUCGUCAUCAUCACGUCACUCUUCAGAGUCAGCUGACUGCAGGUUUCCGCCGUGUAAACAGGACAACUGGGAUUUCUUUAGUUUUAAACUUAAAACGUUUUAAUGACGUCAGAACGUCACACAGGCAGCAGGCCCCGCGCGCAAAGUCUGACGUCAGUAGAGUCGCGCACGUGUAAGGGGAAGGAAGGUGCACGAUGUGUUUGGGGAAAACUUUCACUUCAGAACUGCUCCGGUGACGCGCGUCCCCGUGUCUGUUUGACAGCCGCGGGCACGCGCAGGAAAUCUGCUCCUUUAAGUGGGGGGCGGCCCUCCCUCCUCCCCCUGCUCGGCCUCCUCGCGGAGCUGCGAUGGGGAUUUGAAGGCUCGGAGCUCCGCGGGCGGCUCGGCGUCACCUCAGCGCCGCUUUGGAGUCACCGGAUCGGACCGGCCGCUCACCGAUCCGCCGCUCGGUCUGCUGGAGCCGGAGGAGCGGAGCAGGGCCGCGUGUGUCCGCGGAGGGACCCCGCUCCUGCUCGGGCUUGCGCUGUUAGGCUCGCGGACGGGAUUCGGGAUCCGGUACCGGGACUUGGAUGCGAGUUUGGCCCCGCGGGAGGCAGCGGGAGCCCGCGAGGAGAGCCGGGGCCGAUGGCGCAACGGUAUGAAGAGCUCGCCCACUACGGGCUGGACGUGGUGGGGGGGGUGUAUGGAGACCCUCCCCACCACCACCCUCACGCCGCUGCAGCUGCACGUUCCCUGCAUGCUGUUCACCUGGCCGCCGCCACCUACCCUCCACACCAGUACGCCCAGUCCACCCACAGCAGCGGCGGCAACAUGGCCGCCACAGCCGGGGACACCGUCAAGAGGGACAAAGACGCCAUUUACGGACAUCCUUUAUUCCCGCUGCUCGCACUCAUCUUUGAGAAAUGUGAACUGGCAACCUGCACGCCGAGGGAGAGCGCCGUGGCCGGGGGAGACGUCUGCUCCUCCGACUCCUUCAGCGAGGACAUCGCCGUCUUCUCCAAACAGAUCCGCUCGGAGAAGCCGCUGUUUUCAUCCAACCCAGAGCUCGAUAACUUGAUGAUUCAGGCGAUCCAGGUGCUGCGUUUCCACCUCCUGGAGCUGGAGAAGGUUCACGAGCUCUGCGAUAACUUCUGCCAUCGAUACAUCAGCUGUCUGAAAGGCAAAAUGCCGAUCGACCUGGUUAUAGAUGACAGAGACGGAAACAAGUCAGACGGCGAGGACUUUGUCAGGUCGUCGGGGAACCUCGUGGAUCGGCAGGUUUCGUGGAGCACAGAUCACAACGACUCGGCAUCGAUCAGGUCGGCUGGGACGCCGGGACCGGCCAGCGGAGGACACGCGUCUCACAGCGGCGACAACAGCAGCGAGCCAGGUGACUGCCUGGAUAACGGCGUGGCGUCUCCGAGCACGGGCGAUGAAGACGACCCCGACGGGGACAAGUCGAACAACAAGAAGAGAGGAAUCUUCCCCAAAGUGGCCACCAACAUCCUGAGAGCCUGGCUGUUCCAGCACCUGACGGUUCAUCAACGCGAGGCGGCGGAUCGUUCAGCCCAUGAUCGAUCAGUCAAACAGAGCAGUGAGCCAAGCGCCGCCGUACGGCCCAGAUGGCCAGCCAAUGGGAAGCUUCAUGGUGGACGGUCAGACGCCCGUGGGAAUCAGACCGCCUGGUCCGAUGGGUGGUGUAGGGAUGGGGAUGGGCGUGGAGGGACAGUGGCACUACAUGUAGCACCACCGCCUGCACCCUGCAGCCUGAGGAGGCGCCCGGCGCCGCAGGAAACCACCGACUCUGAUCAGGUCUGCAGACCCCAUAGCGUGGAGCGGGACCCCACGCCUCUUCACCUCCUGCCCAUCAGCUCUCCGCCCUGUGGGCGUGGCCUGAUGAGGAAACACCUGAGCUUGCCUCUGUUCUCGGCGAGCCUUCUCAGAGUGCUCCACAGACUAAAAAGAGAAACGUGAGGUAAGACAGUGAUCGUGAAGGCAAAGACGAACACUGUCCACCGCGCGUUUCUGGAUUUGAUCACUUCCUGUGAUUAAUCUCCCAGAACGGACAGAUCUGCAGCUCGGCUUCCUCUCUGCGCUCGCUGAUGGACUCCUGAAGCCGUUUGCUCUGCAGACAGACAGUUUUGGACCGUAGACCCCCUGAGACCUCCCUCUCCGUAAAUAAAACUGAUUCUGUGGAUUUCUGAGUCUGAUUUUUGACUCCUGCUGCGUUCGGUGCCUCACUGAAAUAAAACGUCAGCGCUUCAGUUUAUUGUCCAGCUCAGCUGUGACACGUUUCUAUCCAAGAGGAAAAAAUAACAAAUAUUCACUUUGGGAAAAAACUGAAGUAAAAAAAUGAAUAAAUUGAGAAUGAGACUUCUCUUAAGGUGGAAUGAAAACUUAUUUUGAACUGCAGGUGACAUUCAGCUCCCGUGGAUCAGGUAAACAAAGAUGUUUAACUGCACAUGUAAUCCUGAAAUGUGGUCAUGUGAUUCCUGCAGCCUCAUCAUGCAGCUGUUUGUCUGCAUGAUGAAGGAGACUUGUUUCAAAAUGUGAGUGUGUAAAAGGCCGUCUGUUAACAACAACAACAACAACAUUGAACGUACAUUUCAACAGUUGAUGGUCAAAAACAGGAGCUGUCAUUUAUUCCUGUGUUACUGAAUCGCUCGGGUGUCGCGAGGAGUUUUUAUCGGCAGGAAAACAGAUUAAAGUCCAAAAUUUCUGCCUUCCUCCGACGCCUCAGUGAGCCUUAUGUUUCACACCCCUGCCAUAACACACAGUCCAACAGUGUGCUCUGCGAACCUCCUGGUGGGCUGUGAUGGUACUGCAGGUGAUCCCCAUCACUUAUUCACAAUAAAUGAAUUUAAAUUGAACAAGUUAAAAUUCUUAAUUUUCCUAAAUUUAAGUGGAAAGAAAUAGAAUUUCAAAUUUAUGCUUUUGUGACGUUUGUUCAUGUCGUAGCAUUAACACUAGGGGUGCAACGAU